AUGGGACCCUUCGCUACCAUCACGAAAAUCAUGUCGAGCAUCAUCCCCGUGGACCUUCUAUCAUAUGCGACGGAUCCGUCGUACCUGAGCAGCAUCGUCACCACCAAUGCUUCGAAUCCAGAUAUCAUCAACCUCCUCGCAUACGAUGAAAGCUUUGCGUCUGUGAUUGGCGAAAACGCAACAGGGCGACUACUGGAAAGCCUAGAUUGGGACGCUUUCCAUGAAGCCGGUGUCUACAACAAAGACACAAACAAGCUAUACGUUACGAGCAGCUGGGCUGGAGACCUCAACAACCCCAUCAACGUUACCGUCAUCGACCUCGCAGACAACUACUCCAUCAACUCUACACGGAUUCCAGGUGUCGCCGAGGCCAACGGUGCAACAUCCUACUACCCACCUGGCACCCAAGCCAAUGGCUCAACACCAUCACGAGUACUAUACUGCGACCAAGGUGAUUUCGUCAACCCAGCCGGUCUCGUCUCCGUCGACCCCGUAACAGGAGAAUCCGAACUCAUCCUAUCAAACUUCCUUGGACGAAACUUCACAUCCCCCAACGACGUUCGCCAACACCCCGUAACAGGCGAUCUCUGGUUCACUGACCCAGACUAUGCAUUCGUCCAAGGAUUCCGUCCUGAGCCCAGUCUGCCGAAGCAGGUAUACCGGUUCAGUCCAUCUACAGGCCAAAUUGCCGUCGUAGCAGACGACUUCGUUGAACCCAAUGGCCUUGAGUUCAGCCCGGACUACAAAACACUAUACGUGUCCGACACAGGUGCCGCGGGGUACAGUCUCAACGUCACACGACCAGCCACACUCUACGCAUUUGAUAUCACACACGACGCAAAGAGACUAAACAACCGCCGUACAUUCGCCUACUCCGACAACGGCAUUCCCGACGGUCUGCACACCGAUACCGAGGGUAAUGUGUGGGCUGGAUGUGGAGACGGCAUUCAUAUCUGGAAUCCUGAAGGCACGCUCAUUGGAAAGAUUUGGGUUGGUAUUACCACUGCAAACUUUGCUUUCUUACCAGGGGCUGUUAUGGUGUUUAGCAAUAAGCAGCUGUGGAUUGUGGAGAAUAUCAAGGCGAUGGGCAGGGAGGUUGCUAAGGACUUUGGACUGUCGACUCAUUACUAA